GCUGGGGGCGGAGGAGGGCGCUAAGCUCCGAGGAGAGCCAGGCCUGUGGUAAUUCGCUGUGCGAGCAGGGUCUAGCCCACAGCUAGGAGAUCAUGACUUACAACAGCGUGAGCACCAUGUACAACUUAUGAUCCAGCAACCUUCUGACCAGUCCCUUUCUCAUUUCACCAGCAGCCCCUGAAGACAGAUCACUGUGUACAGAGUGAGAAGACCUUUGUGUAAAUGCAUUCGUAGCACCAGUCUGAAGGAGAGCAGCAGAGCCGCUCCGGGAGUGGGGAGAGCUGGGAAUAGGUGAGUGAAUCACAGGCGGUAGAAUAUGGCUGGACAAAUAUCGGAAUCUGAUCAGAUCAAGCAGUUCAAGGAAUUUCUUGGAACAUACAAUAAACUUACAGAAAAUUGCUUCCUGGAUUGCAUAAAGGAUUUCACUAGCAGAGAGGUUAAACCAGAAGAGCUAUCCGUGGAGGUUCUGGUGCCUCAGCUACUGAUGGGUGGUAUCUUUAUGGACAUGGAAGUUGCCCACCUACAGCCUGCAUCUCAUUCUUUGAAGAUGACUUGCUCAGACCACUGCCUACAGAAGUAUUUAAAAAUGACACAAAGGAUCUCCAUGAGAUUUCAGGAGUACCACAUUCAGCAGAACGAAGCUCUGGCAGCUAAAGCAGGACUGCUUGGCCAACCUCGUUAGACAAGACCACUCUGUUCAGAGUUUACAAGCAGUGCCAGUGUUCACCGGGCAAGAACACAUUUUGGAUUUUCUACUGUUGGGAUGUAUGUCCAGCAACUCAGAAGAGAGUUGUAGAUGCUGUUCAGACAGUGGAAGCCAUGAAGGGUUAAACAAGAAGUUAGUCAUGGUGGACUGGCAGUGGAGUCUGCUUCUGAGGUCCUUUUCACUCCACAAUGGAGUAAUACUGAUACCAGUCUGUGGCCCCUGGAAAAGUUUGUCUGUUUAAAUUUCAAGGGUGGUGGGAGGGGCUAUACUUUCUGCUAGGACUGGUUCAGAUGAAAAGGUGUAAUAUGGGAAAUAUACUUUUUUAAUUCAAGUAAAAUAAAUGGAAAGUC